AUGGAGCCGCUCGCGUCCUUGAGCCUCACUUCGAGCGUUAUCCAAAUCGUGGACUUCACUGGGAAGCUCAUCUCGAAUGCCAAAGAGAUAUACCGUUCUGCCGAUGGGACGCUGGAGUCUUGCCAGAAUCUUCGUCAGGCCGCGCAGAACUUGUCGGAGCUGUCUGCGGACCUUUACAGAAAUACCCCGAAGAACCAGAGGCUGAACAAGUCCAAAAAUCUCAGGCCUCGUCCAGAAGAUGUAGAGGGUCGGCCGAACGGACUAAGGUCCAAGAGGAAUGAUUUGGAGCUCAGCAGUGCCGAUGAACAGCUUCUACGGCUUACUGAAGACGCAAGAGAGCUGUCUCAAGGCAUCGCAGAUGCGGUGCACAAGACGGCUGCUUACGGCGAUCAUAAGACUUUCUGGAGUAUUCAGCAGGCUUUGCGAGCGGUAUGGAACCAGAGAAACUUUUCUGCGGAGUGGCUGAAUCGCCCUCCGACCGAUCCAACGACGGAGUUCACUAUCCAAGAGGACUUGCAUGCAUUCAUGGGAGACGCGGAACAGCGUCAUUUUGAACUAUUACGCGUUAUUGCGAACAGCAGCGGGCGCUUUGGAGACCCGGUCGCUGCCGGUCAAAUCUCUUUAGAGUUGGAUUCGCUAGCCCAGGCUGACUCCCUUCAACGCUUUUCCCGGAUCAUCAACGCCAGGCUUCGCUUUGAGGAUAUGCCUGACCGUCUCGAAAGUAUACCAGAAGCUCACCGCUGCACUUUUGCAUGGACUUUUGACCGACGGGGCACCUGCCCAGGCGAAAGGCCCUGGGACAGCUUCUCGGACUGGCUUGAGGAUAAAGAAGGAGACCAUAUCUAUUGGAUUACGGGCAAACCUGGGUCGGGUAAGAGCACAUUGAUGAAGUACCUCUAUCAUAACGACCGCACAAAGAGCCACCUUGUAUCCUGGACCGGCACACUACCCGUGUUACGUUUCCUUUUCGUAAUCGAUGGCUUGGACGAAUUCGAUGGCGACCCGAAGGAACUCGUGGACUUUGCGAUCACUACUUCCAAGCACAGCAAUGUCAAAGUCUGUGUUGCCAGUCGUCCUUGGCUGGUCUUCGAGGAUGCUUUCGAAAAGAGUCCGAGUCUGCUCCUGGAACACCUAACUCGGCAAGACAUUUAUAACUACGUCACGGCGAAGUUCGAUGUCAAUAAACACUUCGCUCGGCUGCAAAAGCGUGAGCCGCGAGGUUCGCAGAGCCUCAUUCGCAGCAUCGUAGAGAAGGCGUCUGGAGUCUUUCUCUGGGUCUACCUCGUCGUGGAGUCACUCUUACAAGGCCUGUCGAAUGCCGACAGGAUGUGCGACCUUCAAUGCCGCUUGGAUGCACUUCCGGCUGACUUGGAGGCCCUAUUCGAAAAGCUUUUGAACAAGCUUGACCCAAUCUACUUCCGACAUGCCUGCCAGUUUUUCCGUCUUCUCAGAGAGCAUCCAUCUGCCACCAUUCUGGAACUAUCCUUUGCGGACGACGAGGACGCCUCGUCUAGCAUGGGUGCGAAGAGGGAGCCACUUUUUCUUCAUGAAGAAAAGGAGAGGGUAGGAGAGAUGAUAAGACGAUUGAAGUCACGAUGCAAAGGGUUCUUGGAGGUCGACGAGCCCCUCUUGGACGAAGACGAUGAUGGCGGAUCCAACUACUUCACAAAGCCCGAAAGGAAAAAGAUCCGCUAUAUCCACCGGACUGCUCGAGAUUACCUCCAUUCCGAUGACGUAUGGGCUGUGAUUAUGAAAGCUACUAGCAGUGCUUCUUUCAAUCCGUGCGAACGCUGGGCGAACGCAUUUCUUUGGUCGUUAAAGACUCUGCGCCCCGGUGCCCUCAAGGACAGGACGAUGUGGUGGUAUAUGUGGGAGCCACUCACCGGAUGCAUCGAAUACGCGCUCCGACUGGAAGAGAGCGAUAAAAAAGUACGUUUGACUUACCUCGAUGAGGUUGCCCAGGUUGCGGUAGAGUCAAGGCGCACCGCUUGGGAACGGAAGCUCAUUCCCAUGCCUCCAGGCUACUCUGGCAAACAACCCAUGUGCUUUUUGGAUAUCGCCGUUUGGUUGGGCCUUGACGGGUAUGUACGGAUCAAAGUGAGCAAGUGCAAGGCGUCGGAGGUAAAAAGAAGCUGCGGGUUUGCAGGUGUCAUCUCCAACGCUCGACCCGAGAGUCUGCUUGACGGACGGCCAGCCAUUAAACGAGCCCUACUCAACACUGACGUCGGCGAGGUACUUCGGCAACAGAAUAGGCCUGUUUCGUUCGGCAUCUUCGGCUCCAAACGGAGACGAGAGAGGCCCCAGUUUUUGUAA